AAAUAAAUAAUUUCGUAUGGGCGUGAGAAAUAUAAAUGUUGUCCUUAAAAAUGAGAAAUGAGAAAAAUGCACUUUUUAUAAAAAAAACAAUUUCAUAAAUGAUUUUCGCGAGCAGUAGUAGAAAUAUGAUAAUAGACUGAAUCAUACAACAUAACCUCACUAAUUUUUGGUAAGAUGCAACUAUUUAAUCUCAAAUAUACAUGAAUUAUUAUAAAUAAUUAUAUUUAAGAGGAUGAAGCGUUAAUUCUAAAAAUGUUUCAUGUAUUGAAAGGAAAAACAAAAUUUUCUGUAUUUUUCUCAAAGAAUGAGAUACCUAAAUCUACUGUGUCUUUGGGAAUAGCAACAACCAUACUUGGUGUUGAUAAUACUAAUUUAAGAAAAAAAGUACGAAAUUUAGAGAAAGAAAUAAUUUCUGGGCAGACCAAUAUGAAUAAAUAUAGAUUACCUGACAGUGUCAAACCUUUAUUGUAUGAUCUUUAUCUUUACCCUGAUUUAAAAACGGGACUUUUUAGAGGUAAAGUUAAUAUAACUAUUGAUAUUUUAUCAGAAACAGACACAAUAAGUGUCCACAGCAAUUUCUUAUCCAUUGAUAGUGUUAAACUGUCAUCAGAAAAUGCUAUAUUUACAUUAGAAAAAACAUUUGAAUUGCUAAAUAUUAAAAAAAGUGAUAAUUCCAUUUUUAAAAGCGGCAUAGAAAAUGUUGAAAUUGAAUUUAAUGGUGAUAUGAAAAAUAGAAUUGUCGGUCUGUAUACGAGUUCCUACAAAACAUCCACCGGUGAAAAUAGGCAGAUAGCAACUAGUAAAUUUGAACCAACUUAUGCUAGGCAAGCUUUCCCCUGUUUCGACGAACCAAAUUUGAAAGCUAAAUAUAAAGUACACCUUUUGAAACCAAAGAAUAAUUCCUAUAUAGCACUUUCGAAUUAUCCCGUAGCCAGUACCGAAGAUUAUGAUGAAGAACACGAAUUGGUUACUUUCGAUGAAACGGUAUCGAUGUCGACUUACCUUUCUUGUUUCAUCGUUUCCGAUUUCGAUCAUACCAAAACGACUUUCGACAAUAACGGCACGAUGAUACCCCUCAAAGUUUAUGCUAGUCCGGAUAAUUUAUAUAAAACUACUUACGCCGCGGAAAUUGGAAAGAAAGUUAUCGAACAUUAUGUCAACUAUUUCGACAUCCCUUAUCCACUUCCAAAAUUAGAUUUAGUUGCCAUUCCCGAUUUUGUAUCGGGUGCUAUGGAACAUUGGGGUCUUGUUACUUUUAGAGAAACGGCUCUCCUCUAUACGAAUACGACACAUUCCACGGCUAAUAAACAGAGAGUGGCUACGGUGAUAGCUCACGAAUUAGCUCACAGUUGGUUUGGGAAUCUCGUAACUAUGAAUUGGUGGAAUGAUUUAUGGUUAAAUGAAGGAUUCGCUUCCUAUAUUGAAUAUAAAGGAGCUUUAGCCGCCGAACCGACUUGGGGAAUGAUGGAACAAUUUAUCAUCUCCGAAAUGCAUUCGGUUUUAUCUUUGGAUGCAACUCUCAGUUCCCAUCCGAUCGUACAAACGGUAUUAACACCCGAUCAAAUUACGGCAAUAUUCGACUCAAUUUCUUAUAAUAAAGGAGCUUCGAUUUUGAGAAUGUUGGAAGCAACCGUAGGAGAAAAAAUCUUCCAACAAGGAGUGAAGAACUAUUUGAAUAGACAUGCCUACGGUAAUGCCGUUACCAAAGAUCUAAUAGAGGAAUUACAAAUUUUAUACGGCGAUAGACUCGACGUGGCCGAAAUGUUGGAAACUUUUACUGUUCAAAUGGGAUAUCCGAUUUUGAAUGUUACCGUUUCCGGAGAUAUAUAUACGUUAACUCAAAAGAGGUUCUUGAUCGAUCCUAAUGCAACUUAUAAUUUAAACGAAACGAAAUAUAGAUACAAAUGGUCAGUUCCAGUUACUUAUGUGACCGAUAUGGGUAAAUCGACCGAACCCAUUUUAUUCAAAUAUAACGAUGAUUACAUUACGAUAAAGAAACCGACGGGAGCGACUUGGAUCAAAUUUAAUUACGAUCAGAUCGGAUAUUAUCGCGUGAAUUAUCCUCUAUCGGAAUGGGAUAACAUAAUAAAGAAUUACGAUUCGCUCAGUAAGGGAGAUAAAACGCAUCUAUUGGAAGAAACUUUUAAAAUAGCCGAAGCCGGUUUAUUAAGUUAUAAGGUUCCAUUGGAAUUGAGUAAAAAAUUGAAAAACGAACGAGAUUAUACGCCUUGGAGUGCCGGAUCCGAUAAUUUGCUAUCGAUUUUAAAUAGACUCCGAAGUACAAAAUCCGAACAAGAAUCGUCAUUUAAGGAUUAUCUGAUUAAUAUUGUAACCCCCGCUUAUAAAGAAUUCACCUGGACUGAAAAUGAAAAUGAUAGUCAUCUUAACAAAUUAACUAGAACUGUAGUUAUAAGCUUAGCUUGUAAAGCGGGUUAUAAAGAUUGCUUGGAACAAGCCGAAAAAAAAUUUGAUACCUGGAUGAAAGAAAGGCAAUUUAUAUCACCGGAUUUGAAGAGUUUCGUCUAUAUCUAUGGAUCGACAAAAGCUUCAGUAGAAACAUGGAACGCCUUGUUGCAAAUUUAUCAAGAUGAAAAUGAUGCAUCGGAAAAAUUAAAAAUAAUGGCUGGUUUAUGCAAUGUCGAAAACGUAGAUUUAUUAAAAAAAUUACUGGAAGUUUCCAAAAACGAAAGCAUCGUCAGGAGUCAAGAUUAUUUUGAUGUAUUACAAACAAUGUCUUCCAAUCCAAUAGGAACUGAUCUUGUAUGGGAUUUCGUAAGGUCAAAUUGGCAAUAUUUAGCUGAUAGAUUCACGCUGAAUAAUAGAUAUUUGGGUAGUAUGAUCCCUACGAUAACAUCAAGUUUUUCUACUGAGGAAAAAUUAAAAGAGAUGGAAGAAUUCUUUGAGAAAUAUCCAAACGCUGGUGCAGGUGAAGCUAAUAGGAAAACGGCAUUGGAAAACGUAAAAAAUAAUAUAAGGUGGGCGGCUAAUUACAAAGAAAUCAUAGAAGAUUGGAUAAUAAAUAACAAAACUAUUUAAAUAAUUUUAUAAUUCGCUUCGGUAAAUGAAAUUGUGUGUUUGACUUUAUUGAAUAAAUUUUAUAAUUUGUGAA